AUGGCAAAUCCGCUCAUUAGUAAUCACCAUGGCAAGCACAGCAAGUACACUCAGGCAUUCUUGGAGCAGAAUGGGCCUGGAGACGCUCGACCUACAGCUCUUGACAUUCUCAAGGAUAACGACCGAAUCGGAAUUGGCGUUGAAACUGGUUGUGCGCUCGCCGCGACUGGUGGCAAAGUGUAUCUGGGCGUUUGUGACUUGGAGAAGGGAAAGCAAGCUCUAAAAGAGAUCCUCGAACCCGGUCGUGUGGAGCUGAUUGAGCUAGACGUUGUUUCGUUAGAAAGCGUCCGCACUGCGGUAAAGACCUUUCUGUCCAAGUCGACCCAGCUCAAUGUCUUGGUCAACAAUGCGGGGAUUAUGGCAUGCCCAGAGGCGAAAAAAUUGGAUGGCUUCGAGUUGCAACUUGCAAUCAACUAUCUUGGCCACUUCCUUCUCUACAAGCUUCUCGAGCAGACGCUCUUGUCUAGUUCCACGCCUGAGUUCCAUUCCCGCGUCGUUAACGUCUCUUCCCCUGGUCAUCACAUGAGCUCCGUUGUCCUCGACUACAUUAACCUUGACGGUGAGGGUUUACACGGCCUCUCGUUAAUGCCUGGCGGUAUCGCGACAGGCCUACAGCGCCACGUCGACUCGGAAACGUUGAAGCAGUGGGGUUCGAGUGAGCCUGCGAAAAAAUACGGCAAGAGCCCUGCUCAAGGCGCUACCACGACCAUGACGGCUGCAGUCGGUAAGGAAUGGGAAGGGAAGGGUGGCGUCUAUCUGGAGGAUUGUCAGGAAGCUGGUCCGAUCCCCGAGGGUGGUACACUGGCGGUCGGUGAUGCACCACACGCCUUCGAUCCGGAGGGGGAGAAGAAGUUGUCGGCUUUAUCUCUCAAGAUGUUGAACUUGUCAGAGUAG